AUGAGAAUGAUUUUCGAUCAAUGGGCUGACGACCAAGUGGAGUUCACUGCCACUGAUGCUUGGUUUGCUCGUCUGCUGGAGAAUCCCAACGAUGACAUAUACCUUCGUUAUGUGGGGAUGACGAAUGGUACAGCAAUGGAUCGACACGUUGAAGAAGCUCGUGGACAGGCUGGAGGGCUCCUUGGCAUGUUUUAUAACACCUUGCAGCGAGUGGAUCCAGCUACUUUCAACAAUGUCAACAUUUAUUACUUUUAUCGCACCACGGCCACUGAGAUGACCCAAUACACCCAACGCAUGCGAGAUAUGAAAAAGCAGAUCGUUAUCUCCUUUUUUGGUGUUGAAAACCUUCUCAACACGCGCUAUGGUGGCCAGCUUUCAUCAUAUCAACCAAGUCCACAUCAGAUGGAACGCCUAGAACGAUUUCGAUCAUGUUUCUUUUCAUUGUUUCAGCAACAUACAGCUGCACAACAAGACCAACAUGUAUUACAACCAUGGAUUGAGAGGCUGAUGAAUGAUGCGCUACACAGCAUGCAACAUGAUCUCUUGGAAAUGAUUUUCGAUCAAGCUCUACCUCAUACUGUUGGUGGUUACACUAUCCUUGUUCUUCUUGGUGCCGGUAUCACCAUCGCUGACUCUGGCAAUGCUCGAUCCUUUUUGGGUGGUGCUUCUGGAGCCGGUGAUCUUACACGAAGUAUUCUUACUCGAUUGGGUCGCUUGGAUAUCGAAGCUUAUCAUUUCACGCCCCAUCCAUUUCCAUUCGUCGACUUGUACCCUUGGCCCAACACAGUUGAUACAAGAGAUGCUGCUAUUGAACAACUUCAAACGUACAUGACAGCUGUACAACCCAUUGUCACGGUGUCGUUCUCAAGCUCUGUUACCAGCGUUGCUUUUGCCGAUUUUCUCCAUCACAAUGGCUUGACACUUCAAACAGGCAACCGAUACCUUCAAUAUGUUGGCAUUCCAAGACUUGUCGCAAUGCUUGAUCAACAAUGGGUGGAUAAUGAUGGUAGUGAUGCAACACGACAACAACGGCUCACCAUUUUGAUACCACAUAUCCAUCCUGGUUACGAGCGAUAUGGCGAACGUAGCAUUGAAUUACUUCGGCUUUUGGAUUUGCAACUCGCCAUCGCAACCAUCAUCGGUGAACUUGCCAUUACAUGCAUUAUCGAUCAUCCAGAAUUCACUCGCAACCAAGUGGUACAGCACGUAUGGCAGAUUAUUGAAAACAAUGAGUGCGAGAGGAUCGUUGCAGCUUUGUUUGAAUUGGAUGAGUUGAAAACGGCAAUCAACCAGCGACAAGAGCAACUUUUGGCACAACAACCACCUGCUGUACGACGAAUUGAGGCGGAUGUAGCACGACAACGGGCUCUUGGAAACAUCCAGCAUCAUGGUAUUGCCGAGGGUGCUCCACAUAGCCCACAGCGACAUCAACAACUCACAAGAUUGUGGCGACUCAACAAGCCAGCAUUACACAUCCAUAUCGGCCGUGAUGCAAUGGAGGAUUGGUUGAAUUGGGGACUCCAAUUGGUAGAAGGUGCAUCCUUUUUUGCCUCUGCUAUGCGACACGUGGGAAUGCGACGCCAUCAUCCUUUGCAUAACGCACUUCAACAAGUGGCACCACCAAAUGCGGAUCCUGAUGGGGAAUGGCUAAAUGAUCCAGAAGCUCUCGUUGCUGCAGUUCAAAGAUGGGGUGCCCUAAUGCGAGAUGUCUACGUUCCUCAUGAUUAUUAUUCUUCUGAAAAUCAACGACAGCGAGUGGCAAUCAGAUGGAAAAUGGCUGAUAACGAGCUUGAUUACACCGAGGUGCAGGAAGGUUGGAGCAUUUAUAUACCUCAAAUAUCGGCAGCUACAUUGAGAUGGCAAGAUGGGCAAGAACACCGCGACCUUCGGCUUACCUUUCCCAAGAGACUUAUUGAAGCUUCGGAUGAGCGACAAGAUUGUAUGCGAGUUUUACGUUUUUUGCCCAAUGGGAUUGGUUUGGAUGACAAGAGCGGCCAACCAGUCAUGUAUCAAGGAUCAACCACCAUUAUCACUCUUACGCAGCUCAAAGGAUUUCCUGAUCGAUUCCAUUUGAUGCGACUAUGGAUACAAGAACGAGUACGUUUAGGUGAUCAAAGUGCUUUGAAUCAGGCUGUUCGAUCCUAUGAACACAUACCUUCUUUUCAACGACGUCCUCCUCUCACAGUAACCCACGGCGACAAUAUCAAGCUGGAAUUCUUGCAAGGUCUAUAUCAAGGAGAUGCAUUGGCUCUUUUUGGCGAUUUUCUCGAUGAAGAGUUUCCAAAUGGUGGACUUGUUAACCUGGCAAAACCAGAAAACCAAGGCUUUUUUCAAGAUACCAUUCCCUUACAGCAGCGAUUCGCCACCUUUCUCGACAAGCAUCAUGACCACCCUCAUCACGACACAUGGGAAAAGUGGAACUCGGAUAUCACAAGAAAUGGCAAACAAUAUUGGCCCAACAUUCAAUUAUUGCGACCUGGGUCAGAAAGCCUGCCACCUGAGAAAAGAAACAUUCGGGGCGUAGGUGUCAGACAAUGCAAGAUUAUCGACAUUGCACCUAUACCGCAGCAACCUAUACCACGUCUUGAUGAUAUGCAAAGCCAUUGA